GUCAGUGUUUUGAUCUAGUCGGGCACUCGGCCCUGUAGGAGCUUGCAGCGAGCCCGAUCGCAGAGCCUCCUACCAAAGGUGGUCAGCAACACGUACGUGCAUUUGCGUGGGUAGCUAGCGGGCUGCCUGACAGCCUGGGCGGCCCCGGCGGAGGCGGAGACGUCGACGGCGGGCACAGCCAGCAGCAGCACACUCGCAUCCAGACGAGUGGCAACACGAGCGCCUAAGCAUGGCGACAAAGCCUGGCCUGCAGGAAUGGACACCUGCGCCUGCGCCUGCACCCGCGUCCUAUCCGCUGCCGACGACAGUCGUCGCAGCGGGCGCCUCGGCCGCCUCACGGCCUCAGCCUGAACCUCCAGAACAGCCGCAGCCGCAGCAGCCGCUGCUACAGCCGCUGUCUUCGUUCCCGCUCACGGCAGGCGAGCUGCAUCGCGCGGGUUCUUCUGGCCUACUCGAUGAAGACGCCUGCUGCCGCCCGCCAGAGGACCUGCAGCCGCACGCGCUGCGAGAGGCACAGCUGCGGGCGUUACUGCCAUCGCCGCCACCGCCGCCGCAGCAGCACCAGCAGCUGCAGCCGCAGCAGCAGCAGCUACAGCCCAUCUCGAGGCAGCACUUCCUGGGGCCGCUGGCGCGUGGCUGCGACCCGGCGACUGCGCUUGCGGCGGAGGCACACCUGGGCUCUGCUAGCACACCUGGCACUGCCUUUUCCACUUCCGGUGAUGCAGCGGCGUCAGCACUCGCAGCAGCCGGAGCCGCCGCGGGCGAUGCCAGUGACGGGCCUGUAAUGACGCUGCUGCGUGCGGCCCUAGCGCACCGCAAGGCGCAGCGGCACCAACACCAGCACCAGCACCAGCCGCAGCCGCAGCGGCAGUGGCAGGGCGCAGCACUAGCAGCGUCAGUGAAGGCACCAGACACAGCAGAGGCUGCUGCUGCUGCUAGCCUCGCGGGCGCGGCGGCGCGGGCAUCGCACGCGUACGGCGACAACGUGGCUUCAGCAGGAGGCGCGUUUGUGGGCGCGUUUGCAGAGGAGCUAUGUCGCGUGGGCGGCCACCUCACACACGAGCUUCGCGGCCUCCGUUCGCUCCUGGACUCGGCCGCAAGCCGCCUGCGCGCCGCGGCCCUGGUCAGCGGCCUGGUCGGCCGCCCGCCCCCUCCCGCCGCCGGCCGCCCUACGCCGCAACCUCCGCCGCCAGCCGCCGAGGGUGCCAGCAGCUGCGCAGCCGCCUGCGACGGCGGCGCCAAUGCAGUGGUGCUGGCGGCGGCCGCGGUAGCGGAGGAGAACGAGGAGGAGGAGCGUGCCGCGGCGGCGGCUGGGGCGGCCGCGGCAGCUGGGGCGUCGCGGGCGGAGGCUCUGCGGGCGGUGUGCCGGCAGCUGCGCCGCGAGUGUGACGACCUGGGCGCACGGCUGGUUGGUCUCGAGGCGUUUGAGCGAUUCAACUCCGCACGGUUUGCGCAGCUUGGAUUCGAGUUCGACAGCCGUCUGCUGCAUCGGGCCUCCAAUGCCUCCGCCGCCGCUGCAGGCGCCCUCUCGUCGGUAGCCAAGCUUCAGGUGCUGGAGCGGCGGCGCGAGUACCAGCGCUGUGUGCAGGAACUCCUGCUGGACGGGCUGGUGUACGACAGCCUGCUCAUCUCCCUGUCAGACGUGUACGAGGGAGUACGGCACGCGGCGCAGCGGGCGGCGGCGGCACUGGAUGGCGGCGGCGGCGGCACCGGCAGCGGCGCCAGCAGCGGCACCACUCCCUGGGUGCCGCCAGACCAAUUCAAGAGAAGCACCACCAAGUACUGGGUGGCGCCGCGGCACGUCAUGCGCGUGCAGCUGGCGGUGCUGAGGCACCUGCCGCUGCUCAUCUUCGGCCGCAAGUCCAACCCCCUGUUUCACCACUGGCGUCAUGAAGACGAGCUGGAGGAGCUCCCUGCUGAUGGAAACGGCCUGCAGCAGCAACAGCUGCAGCGACUGCCUGAUCUCAAGCAGCAUCCGCAGCACUGUUCCGCGGCGGCUGUAGCCGCUGGCGCGGUCAACGGCAGUGUCGGCAGCGGCAACGGCAGCGGCAACGGCAACGGCAGGACAGCAGGCAGCGGUGGCGCGCGCGUCAGCAGCAGCAACAACGGCAGCUGCGGCAGCACUUCAGCAUUCGCGCCACUAGCCCGCGGCGCCAGCAUGCUACUGCCGCCCCUGCCCGAGACGCCGCACGACAUGCAGCCCGACGGCAACGGCCUCGGGGCCGGCUCCCAACGGCUCCCCACCGCCGACGAAUCCACCGCUCCUGCAGACCAGUGGCCGCCACAGCACCUGUGGCCUGGUGGCAAGGGACCUACGGCUGGUGGCGGCGGCUACGGCAGCUACAGCCUCGGUGGCGGCGGCGCCGCCGCCCUCGUGACUGCUACAGCCGAGCCCGCCAGUGAGCCGGCCUCCUGCGCCGACGCCGCUGUGAGCAGUGCUACAGCCGACGCCGCCGCUGCUGGCACCCUGAAUGCCAACAGCAGCCGUAGCAGCGCGCCUGCCGCGGUUGGCAGUAGCAGCACUGCCAGCACCACCAAGGCCACCGGCGGCGGCGGCAGUAGCAGCCCCAUCACCUCGGUCUACUUUGACAACGCCGACCUGCAGGUCUACCACCAGCGCCUGGUCCGGGGCGACGGCGCCAGUCUGGUCCGCAUCAGGUGGUACGGCAGUCGCGCGCCCGGCCCCGACCAGACUGUGUUCGUGGAGCGCAAGCGGCACCGGGACGCCUGGACGGGCGAGUGGAGCCUCAAGGAGCGGGCCUCCAUCCCCCACCGGGAGGUACCCGACUUCCUGUCUGGCCGCCUGCUGCCUGGCGCCGUCCCCGCCCCGCCCCUAGCCACCGCCGCCUCCGUGCCGCCACCGCCAUCACGUUCGGCACCCCCGCCGCCGCCGCCGCCGCCGCCGCCCCAGCCGCCGCUGUCCGUUUCCACGGGACGCACCGCCAGCCCAGACGUGUUCGCCAGCAGUGCCAGCACCAGUGACGAGGGCGGCGGUGGCGGUGGUGCGGGUGGCAGUAGCAGCCCCAGCAGCAGCACCAACAGCGGCAGUAGCGCGCUACAGCACCGGCCCGGCUCGGCGGAUGGCGGCAGUAGCAGCGGCCGCGACGGCGGUUGGGCCCCCGCUGCCGCCGUGCACGUACCCGAAGCUAUCAAAGUUAGCGCGUCGCCGCUGCAGCAGCAGCAGGUUCAUGCUACUGCUCCUGCAGCUCCCCCGGAGGUGGCGGCUGCUGCGGCGGCGGCGUCUGCCAAGGCGGUUCAGCUGCUGCGUGAGGUGCAGCAAGACAUCCUGCAGCGCAAACAGGAGCCCUACCUGCGCACGCGGUACCGCCGUACCGCCUUCCAGCUCAGCUCCACCAACGCCGUACGCAUCAGCCUCGACACGCAGCUGUCCAUGCUGCGUGAGAAGCUGCCGCCUGAUCACCAGGAGCUGCGGCGGCUGCGGCUGCUACAGCCACUAGCACCCUCGGCGGUGGCAGGCCCGGCAGCUGCAGCAGCCAUCGGCGGCCAGCAGGCCAACUGGUGCAGGCAGCUGCCGGCUGACGGCGACGACGACGACGACGCCGCGUCCGCCGCCGCCACUGCAACUACUGCCCUGCUGCCUCUGGAGGACGUGGUCCGGUUCCCCUAUGCGGUGCUGGAGAUAAAGCUGCAGGACGAGGACUCCUGCCCCGCCUGGGUGCUGGACCUGCGCUCCAGCGGGCUGCUGGUGGAGGCGCCCAAGUUCUCCAAGUUCCUUCACGGCAUGGCGUUACUCUACCCCGCCCGCCUGCAGCACACGCCCCACUGGUUCUUGCCAGAACUACCCGAGCAAGAAGAUGAGAACGAGAAUGGCGUCGAGACCGAGACAGCAGGCUCCGCCGUCGCUUCCGGCGGGCGCGUUUGGGGCAGGGAGAUUGAGGCCGCCGGCGGCAUGGGCUUGCAGGCAGUGGGGAUCGGAGUCGGCGGCAGCAACGGCAACGGCAAUGGCAGUGGCGGCCGCGGUCAUGACAACGGCGGCGGCGGCGGCGGCGGCGCGUGGCCGUGGACGGUUGGGAUGCGGCUGUUGGGCAGGCUGCACUUCGGCGGCGGGGGCCCCGCGACGGCUGUAGCAAACGGCGCGCGCGGUCGUAGCCGUGGUGGCGGCUGCCAGCCCCCCGGUAACCAGCUACAGCUGCUACAGCCGCCGUCACGCGCCCCGGCGGCUGCAGCCGCCGCGCUGGCGGCGGCUGCAGGCGGCGGCUGCCGCCGGGUGCUGCGGUCGCUACUGCUGCCCGCGCCGCCGGCGCCGCCGCCGCCGCCGCCGCGACACGUGCACCCGCGCAUGAGUCCGGCCACCCUGGAGGAGUUGGCAGACCCUGGCGACAUCUAUGCCAAGGAGGUGCCGCGCUGGCUGUUCCCAGCAAACAUCCGGCCGGAUCAGGCGCUGGACAUCAUCCCGCCGCCGCCCGGCUGCAGCGAGGCCGACUUCGAGAUGGCCACGACCGAGGUGGCGGCGGCGGCGCCGACGGCCGCGACUGUGCCGGCGGCUGGCGGUGCUGGCGGUGGUUCUGCUGGCGGCGGCGGCGGCGGUGGGCCGCAGCUGCUGCCGCACCCGUCGCUGUCGCCGCCGCCCCACCUGCUGGGCCACAACGAAGGGGGCGAUGAAGGGGACCAGCGCCGUCACUCCAGCGGCGGCAGCCACCGCAGCGGAAGCAGCAGCAGUAGCAGCAGUAGCAGCACUGACGACUACAGCCGCCCCAGCAGCGUGCGCAGUAGCAUGGUGCCCACAAUCACCGAGCCCCUGGUACCCAGCAGUAGCAUGGGCCUCCUCGCGUCGCCCACCACUGCAGCCGCUGCUACAGCCGCCACCGGCUGCACCCCCGGACCUGCUGCUACAGCCGCCUCCCUGGCAGCUGGCGGCUUCGCUGUCUACGGUAACGGGGGCUGCGGACCCCGGAGCGGCGGCGCGGCGGCGUCCUCCGCGUUCGCCGACCCCCGUGCGGCGGGUGCGGCGCUGCCGUCCGCCGCGUCAUGCGGCGUGCUGCGAACCGCUGUCGGCGGCGGCGGCGGCGGCCUGCACAUGUGCGGCAGUAGCACCCCGCUGCUACUGCCGGCGAGCUACAGCUCUGGCGGCGCGCUGCAUGCCCACGCUUCUUCUCCUGUGGGCGUCGGCGGGUUUUGUGCCGGCGCUGGUGCCGUGGUCGGUCCCGUGGGAGGCGGCAUGGGAGGUGGCAUGGGAGGUGCCGUGUUGGCACCUGCGUGCUCCGCACUGGGUGGGGCCUCACUGCAAGCGCAGCAUAUCGGGGGUCCAACAGCUCGUGCCGCCAGCAACGACUCGGCAGCAGCAGCCGAGCUGGUCAGCAUUGCUGGAACGGCACCCACCGGCAGUAGCAGCAGCGCGGCCCCAAGGCCCGGCAGUAGCUGCAGCGGCGGCAGCGCCGUCAACGGAGGCGGCAGUGGCAGUAGCACGGGGACCACCGGCACGGGUGCCGGCGGUGCUAAGAAGCUGGCGGCGGCGGCGAUGGCGGUGUGUCGUGCGGGCGUGUGCGGGGGCGGCGGCGGCGGUGGCGACGGCAUGGUCCGCGUGAAUGAGGAGGAGCAGCAGCAGGAGCACCGAAUGGAGAUCACGUCGUACGAACAGAGCAGUAGCGCUAUGGUGCACGUCAGCAAGCAUCACGUGCAGCCCGGCCCCACCACAGUCACGUGCUGCUUCACAGGGCUGCCUGCAGCAGCUGCUGCUGCUGCUGCUGCUGCUACUGCCGGUGGUGGCGCUGGCGGCGCCGCCGGCAGUAGCCGUGGAGCGGGCGGCGGUGGUGGUGCUACUGCUGCUGCAGCUGGUGCAGCGAGCGGCAUGGCGGCGGCGGCGGCGCUGCAUGGAGCCUACUGGCUACGCCGCGCUCGCGCCGCCGUGACGGGCGGUGGCGGCGGCAGUGGCGGCGGCGGCGGCGCGGGGGCAACUCAGCAGCAGCACUUCCGUACACUAGUGGCCGCCCUGCGCCGCGCGUCCGGCAGCUUCACAACCCACGGCGGCGGCAGCGGCGGUGGCGGUGGAAGGUUCAAUGGCAGGUCUGGUGGCGGCGGCGGUGGCGGCCGCUGGUCCGCCUUCAUGCGCCGCUUUGGCCGCGGCCGCGGCAGGGGCGGCGGCGGUGGCGGCGGUGGAUCCGGCGGCAGCAGCGACGAUCUGGAGCUCGCUGGCGGCGGCGGCGGUGGAGCCAAUGGGUACGGCGGGCGGUACGGCAGCGGCGGGGCCAGUGGUGAUGGCGGCGGUGGCGGCGGUGGUGGAGCCAAUGGGUACGGCGGGCGGUACGGCAGCGGCGGGGCCAGUGGUGAUGGCGGCGGCGGCGGCGGCGGCGGUGGUGGAGGUGGUGGUGGUGGCGGCGGCGGUGUGGCGGGGCUGCUGCAGCUGCCGCGUGUAAGCUCCAUGGUGCGGACCCGCGUGGAGCCCAAGACCUUCUUUGCCGCGGAGCGCACGUUCCUGUCCUGGGUCAACAUCGCCGUGUUGCUCAUGUUCACCUCGCUCACACUCAUGACCUCGCGCAUCACCACCUUCAGCGGACACCAAGGCAUCGCAGCACCCAACAUCCCCACGCCUGGCGGCGCCGCCGGCGCCGACAUCGGUGUCUUAGGAGCAAGCGGCGGCGGUGGGGUGGCGGCGGCAGGACAGGCCCUAGGUGCGGCGGCUGGCGGCUCCCUGAUGCAGCCCAAUGCGACGUUGCUGUUCGCCGGCAAUGACACGGCGGCGGCGGCUGGGGUGGCGGCGGCGGCGGCGGGUGUCGCCAACUCGACGUUGGCGCCGAUGCAGGCGGCGUUGCUGCAGGCAGCGGCGGGCAUAGGUGCUGGUGCUGGUGCUGGCGGCGGCGGCGGCAGUGGGCGUGUGGACAGCUGUGCCCCAGGCUCCAUGUGCCACAACAGCCAGGUGGCGGGCAUGGUGAUGGCGCCGCUGGCGCUGGUGUUCAUGCUGUACGCGCUGUACGUGUACCGCAAGCGCUCCGCCCAGAUCCUGCGGCGCGAGGCGGUGCGCUACGACGACCAGCGCGGACCGGUGCUGCUGGUGGCGAUGCUGCUGAUCCUGCUGUUGGUCGCGUACGUGCUCAGCGCGAGGGCGGCCACGGGGUUCUAACAGUUCCAGCCAGGAGCCGGUGCUUGCUUGACUGUUUAAUCCUCUGCGUGCUUGGUCUCGCAGCCUGCUAGCCGGCCUCAGGUACAGCAGGUUUGUAAUUUGGCGAGGUUUGCAAUGGAUUUCAGGAGCGGUUUUGAUUUUGGGCACUGGCAAGUGCGUUGGCAUUCAGUUGUGGGACUGGAUUGGAAAGCAGCAGGGCGGCGGUUGGUUGUAGCUAGCUUGUUGGCGCUUGAUCGGGUAUGGACGUACCACUGUAGUUGUUGCUCAGAAUAGAUCGAUGGCGUGGACAAGCCUGAACGCCGCGUGUGGGUGGAUUGAGUUGUUGUCGAAUGCGGUUGUCACUAUGUUGAGGUGACCGCGGACAGUUGAUUGUAGUGGGUUAUUGUGAGUCAGCACGCAAUGACAAAUGUCGCGGAUUGUACGGGGCAUGUGGCAGGUCGACAACAUUAGUAGCAGCGUAGCUCCGGGUCUAAGUAGAAACAAAUACAAAUGCAAUUUCACGUGGGCAGCCCACGUGGGCAGCCCUAGGGUCAAGCCGCAGGCACACCGGGUGGAUUGUGUUGAUGGCACGGCUAUGCGCGGGUAGGGGCGCAGCUUGUUUUUGCCGGAGGAUUGGGGCCCUGAUGUCAGACUUGCGUACGUGCAUGAAAGCAAAGGGCGCUGUGGUACAUACGGGGCGCAGGGGAACCCUAUCCAUUUGUCCCUGUGCGCGUGCAUACUGAGCAAAAUGGUGCAAUAAUACCCAGCAGCAGAGGAAUGCCGAAUGGAGAGAAGGUGGGUCAGUCAAAGGUAGGGCCGUCGCACGCACAUUCAGAGUGGCGCGGCGUGGGAUUCAUAAAGCGUGUGGGCUGUAGCAGCAGUAGCAGUAGCAGCUAGCGAGCUGGACCGAGAUGCGCAAGUAAGCUGCUCGGGGCGCAUGUAGAUGUGAUGAGCGAGGCGGGUAGCUAGCUUGGCACGGUGCACGCCGCAUGGAGGCAGAACUCGAUCCAUCCGGGCGGACGGACGGGCAGUGGGUUGCUUGGUUGCACGCUUUAUGUAUGGCGCAAGCUAUCUAGCCGC